AUUUUGAUGAUCCACAAGCGUUACUUGCCCUGAAGAAACGAAAAAGAAUAGUGGGAACAUUUGGUAAUGAGAUGCUUGUUGUGGAAAGGGACAAAUAUGUCGAUUGGGUAAAUCAUGUCUUGGAUGCAUAUCAGGGAUCUUCCAUUGACGAAUUUAGAGUUCGAUUUGAUUUGGAUGAAAAACAUAAGUGUGCUAUUGACAAAUGGGUUUACUUUGCAUUUGAAAAAAAAAGUUAAACGGCUGGUGAUGGAUUUCCAGAAGUACUUACGUGCUGUGCGUAAUGAUAAGGUUUACUCUUUCCCACCAUUAUGUGACACUUUUAAGAGGCUGCAUUAUUGUAGAUCCCUUAUAGCUCUAGAAUUGAAUAGUGUAAACAUAAGUGGAGAUGUUGUUGAAUACUUCAUAGCUAGUUGCCCGUCUCUUAGGCAAUUAUCAGUUGAAUAUUCAGAAUCUAUGGUUGAUGUUAAAGUUUCUGGAGAAUCACUUUGCUUGGAGUACUUGAAGAUGGCACUUUGCUUCAAUUUGGAAAGCAUAUAUAUCUCUGCAGCAAAUCUCUCAUCAUUCGAGUAUAUUGGUCCAGCGGUAGAGAUCACUUUCGCGAAUGUACCCAACCUCGUUGAAUUAUCUUUUCAGGGGAGAUAUUCUGAAUACAUCAUCCGUAACUUUCCUCAGCUCUCAAAUUUUGCAUUUCAACUGGUGACACUUAAACUAGUUGUGAUGCAUCUCGAGGUAAAGAAAAAACCUCGUAAAUUCCCUUUGCUUGCACACCUCAAGAAUUUUGAAUUGAGUGCUUAUGGAAGUGAGGAUGAGAGUCUUCUUGCUUUUGCUCCUUUGAUCGAGGCAGCUCCUUCUUUGGUUAGAUUUGCAUUGGACUUCCAUUGGUUUGAGGAUACUAGGAGAAAGAGGAAACAAAAGAAGAUCCCAAAAUGUCUACACCAUUGCCUUAAAGAAGUGGAACUUGCUGGCUUUGUAGGGCAGGCUAUUGACAUGGAAUUUGCAAUAUAUUUGUUUGAGAAUGCCAUUGCAUUGGAGAAAAUUAUCAUUGAUCCUCUGCAUUCAUUUUGGACUAGCUACCCACCGGACGAGAAAUUGAAAGAGAUACAAACUAUCAAGAAGCAAGUAAUGGAACUCAAAUCUGAAUUUUCCUUGGGAGACAGAUUAAAACUUCGCAAUUUUUUUGACGUUUAGAUGUAUAUUUAUUCUUUUUAAUGUGGUGUUUAGAUGUAUAUUUAUUCUUUUUAAUGUGGUGAUUUUUAAUUUAGGAUAA